UAUUUUCCCACGUUUCGUGGCAAAAAAGACUCGUUUAUCCGCUGUCCUCGGCAGUACGUGGCGGCGCAAGCUCCAUGCUCGUAGCCAUGGCAUUUGCUCCGGCCCCCAUCGCUACUCCCUCUGCCUCCAUUCCGACACCGAGAAGCCUCUUCCUGUGCCACCCUCAGCUUCCGUCUCCCCUUUUCUCGAGCAGGCUCAAGGAGACGAGCGUCGCUGCUCCCCUUGAGUUAUCCAGCUCCGCCUCGCUGAGAUGGAGGACUGGGGUUUCCUUCUUCCCUUCGUUCCUCAAUAAGAAGGCCAGGUCCCGCGAGGAGAUCAAGGAGGAGCUUCUUGCGGAAAUCGCGCCACUCGAUCGUGGUGCUGAAGCCACUGACGAAGACAAAGAAAGGAUCGAUCAGAUAGCAUGUGAGAUUGAAGCAGUAAAUCCGACUAAGGAGCCUCUCAAAUCAGAUUUGUUGAAUGGAAAAUGGGAGCUUAUAUACACAACUUCGAGAUCAAUUCUGCAAGUCCAGAGACCAAAAUUUCUACGACCCAAUGGAAAGAUCUACCAAGCAAUUAAUGCUGAUACCUUACGAGCUCAAAAUAUGGAGACCUGGCCCUAUUUUAACCAGGUAACUGCUAACUUGAUUCCCCUAAAUGCUAGAAGAGUGAAAGUUCAAUUUGAUACUUUCAAAAUACUAGGAUUGAUUCCAAUAAAAGCCCCUGGAAGAGCCAGCGGUGAAUUGGAGAUUACUUACUUGGACGAGAUGAUCAGGUCUGGUCGCCUAAUCAUGUAUGAUGACGAACUUAAAGGAUUCCCUCUCGCGCACGCACCAUAAAAAAAAUCCAACAAACAGAGGUGACAGGAGGAUCUACCUAUGAGAAGCAGGCCGAUCGAGAUGUUUCAAGUCAAAAUUGGCUGCGAGUUUGAGGGACAUCCGGAUCAUGGCGCCAUUUUAUAUUUAUAUAUUGAAGAAUGCUAAUGGCGAUCCACCGGGUUUGAACCAUACAUAACAAAAGCAUGAAGGCUACGGAGCGAGGGAAAGGAUUAGGGUGCAGGCUUUUGCGUACGACGCCGUCUCCCGCUACGCCAUUCUGUUCCCCUGUUGCUGUUGACAUGACACGCACGAGGAAGGACGGAGAAGAAGCAUAAGCGGUGGCCAAUCGGGCCCCCCUCGUACGGACCUUGACUAGAAGGCAGGGCCAGUGGCCGGCUGGCUGGCUGUGGCAGGGCCUAGCAGCUCUGGUUUGGGCAACAAACCUCGUCGGGAUUCGUGCGCCCGCCACCGUCAUGCCGCCCGUUUCCAGCGAUCACAUUCUUCUUUAUCCAAAUCUACAUCGCUCGGAUUCUAAAUAGGAAGUCUCUGACAGGGAUAUAAAUUCAAAUGCCUGCUGUAUAUAUCUCUUAACUUUUGGACGUCGUCCCCGCCUUCAUGGUUUUUGUUAAGACAGGACGUGCAUGCCUAUUCAAGGUUCACGGCUGGAUCCUUUUUCUGAUAAGACGGCUCGAAAGAGACAGCAACAGUUAACUUUUCCACAGUUGUUUUGUUCCCAUGGCGAUUCUUGUUUACGUUCACUGUUGGCGCAGAGAGAGAGAGGAGGGGGGAGGAGAGGAGAGGUGGCUUUGAAUACGAUUUGAUGCAAGUUUAGUCAGUUUCUAAUGCGUGGAAAUUAUGGAAUACGGGCACUAGCCUAAUCGUAUCAUAUUUUCAUUCAGUAAAUCUAACUAUCAGUAAUGAAUGACCACUACUUGAGUUUUAGAGCUUCGCUCAGAAGGUAACUUGUUGCCUCUCACCCUUUGAGCUUCACUACUGGCGGUCGUCUUCUUCUCAAGUUCCUUGGCUUUCUCACUCGACUGCACUGACUCUUCGCUCGAAGGGCACUGGCAACUUUCGUCUCAGCUUCUUCGCGUGAGUAACGUGUAAGUCAAAUUUUGGGGAAUGUUGAUUCAGAAGCAAUUAAUGUGAUUUCUCUACUUUUCCAAUCAUCUGACUAGAACUUUUCAAACCAUUGAACUUUGCUAUUUCUACAGUGGUAGAGGUUUGACACGAUAAGUAAAGCAAAACCUCGAAUAGCACACCCAAGCUAUCUGAUGGUAAUCAAAUAUUGAAAUAGUCACAAUGAAAAAUAUUUUACAUGCGAAGACUUGAAGAUGCUUGAUUUUGUAUUCAAGAGAUUAUCAUAAUAACAUGGGAAUUUAGGUUGCAUAGUCAUAACUUUAAAUAGAUUAUGUAAUUUUACUCUUGUUUUGAAUGAAUGAAUAACCUUGUGUUCUCUAAUAUUCUUCAUGGUUUUUUAGUAAAGUGUUUUUUUCUCACUCUUUUAAAUGUGAAUUCCUUGAUAAUUACUCCGCUUUUUCUCUUCUUGAUGGAUUGCUUAUAAAAAGAAUGGUUCUUCUUCAUUUGGUUGGGCUGUUUUCUAUAGUAUCCAUUACUAUCUCAUCAUCCAUUAUUUUUUUCCUCGUACAUCCAGUGUUAGAAAUUAUAGUAUCUCGAACUUUGAUAUUCUCUUGAUAGUUUCCAUCUUUCUGAUUCUUUUAUUGUUGCUUGAUCAGGGAUUUUAAUCUACUGUUUCCCCUAUAAUCUAUCAAGUUUUUAAAGGAAGGAUCCUUGAAAUAGUAAAGUUGUUGAAAGGAGCUUUGAUCUUAUAUCACUAAGAAGACACAUAAUUCCUACUCUUUCUUCAUGAAACUUCAAAAUGGUAUUUAAUUUUUGAGAUAAUUUUAAUGUUAUACCAGUGCUUUAACUUCAGUAACAUAUUGCUGAAUUCUCACAAGAAUUCUUCUUCAUGCAUGAUUAUGAUACAUAACUCCGAGAUAUCUUAUGGACCAACUCAAUAUAAUUUUCUUAUCAAGAAAAAAAUGGAUAAUGAAAAUCAGAUAUUAGCUAAUGCUUUAAGAAGAUAUAGAUAUUUCCUUGCUAUGAUGCAAAUGAGGUUUGCUGGAUUUAAAGUGCUCAGCUUUAUGCUCAGAAAUGCUCUCGCAUUCAUCAAUGUUCUUUGUGCAUCCAAUUUUAAAGCUAGGAAUUCUGAUGAUGUUUGUGAUGGACAUUUUGUUCGAGAAGAAUAUUUAUACUGACUAAUUUUAUCUGUUUAACGAUAAACCAACCAUGAUUUGCACAUCUGAAUGGUGAAGAAGUUUCCUCCAUCUCUUUGAUAUCUUCCAGACUUGCACAAAGAGGUAAAUUGUCUCCUCCCUUGUCAAUCUGCUGAUAUUCCUGACAACAAAUUAAACGCGAAACUUUCUAAAAAUCUUCUCUGGUCUUAUUAUGGCACUUUUAGAAACUAAAACAUGAGACCUAAAUUG